UGUUUCUUGUGGUCUGUUAUCUCAUCACUGAAGAACACGUUGAUGUGGACAGGGGGACAAACAGCUGGAGCAGCGAUUUUAAAGUCCACCAUCGUUUUCUGUUCUUGCGACAGAGAAGCUUUUUCUUCUUCUUUUAUCCAGUCUUUUUCUUUCAUGAAAUGAGCAGUCAGACGAGACGAGAGGAGAACAAUGCAGAGCCCCGUGAACAUCGAGUGUCGUUGCAUCUUUCACUUCCUUUAUCUUUAUGAUGAGAACAGCGGCUUUUAUUUCACGCUGAUGUGGAGCUGAAGAGGGGAAAAGAAAGUCAUGGGAUCAAACCAGUGAUUGAGGACCGGAUUCCUAUCCAACACUGGAGACUGUGACUGCUUCUUCAUUCAGGUGUGUGUGUGUGUGUGUGUGUGCGCCAUCCAUUUGAAGGAAGACCUGCAUGGCAUUGUUUAACACCACUGCCUGCUGACCGUUUGUGACGUUUGGAGCCGUGACCCCAGACCCUGCGUGUGAGAGAGAGACAUGGCCAUAAACUCCGAGCCAAGUGAUUACGGAUACAGGGAAGGUGAUGAUGAGAGCGCGCCACUCAUUGUGCCCCCGCAUGCUCAGUCGAAGCCAACCCGGGGCCGGACCUCGCCAUACGGUGCUGUGUUUAUUGUGGUAAACGCCGCGCUGGGGGCGGGCCUUCUCAAUUUUCCUGCUGCAUUCUACAUGGCUGGAGGAGUGGUGGCUGGAGUCGUGCUGCAGAUGUGUUUUCUGAGCUUCAUCAUCACUGGUUUGGUGAUCCUUGCUUAUUGUUCUCAGGUGAGCAAUGAGAGCACGUAUCAGGAAGUGGUGCGUGCAGUGUGUGGGAAGGUUCUGGGUGUCAUAUGUGAGCUCGCCAUCGCCAUCUACACCUUUGGCACGUGCAUAGCUUUCCUCAUCAUUAUCGGAGACCAGCUGGACAAGCUGAUAAACGUGAUGGCUCAUGAGUCGGACAGUGCUGAAGGCUCUCACUGGUACACAGACCGCAAAUUCACCAUCACAGUCACCUCUGUGCUCAUCAUCCUCCCUCUGUCCAUCCCCAAAGAGAUCGGCUUCCAGAAAUAUGCCAGCACAUUUAGCGUGAUUGGCACCUGGUACGUGACCGCCAUAAUCAUCAUCAAAUACUUCUGGCCUAACCAAGAAAUUUCACCUGGAAUCAUUCCUUCCAGACCUGCAUCCUGGACUGCUGUGUUCAAUGCCAUGCCGACUAUCUGCUUUGGAUUCCAGUGUCAUGUGAGCAGUGUUCCAGUGUUUACCAGUAUGAGGAAUGCGACACUUCGUUCCUGGGGGGUCGUGGUAACGUUCAGCAUGAUCAUCUGCCUGUUUGUCUACACAGGAACAGGUGUGUGUGGUUUCAUGUCGUUCGGCUCUAUGGUGAGUCAGGACGUGCUGAUGUCAUAUCCGUCCACAGAUAUCGCCGUGGCCAUUGCCAGAGCCUUCAUCAUCAUCAGUGUGGUCACAUCAUAUCCCAUACUGCACUUCUGUGGGAGAGCCGUGUUAGAGGGUUUGUGGCUGCGUUUUAAUGGGACAGACGUGGACACAGAUGUGGUGAGAGAGCGAAGACGGCGUGUGCUGUACACACUUGUCUGGUUCUGUCUCACGCUAGUCCUCGCUCUCACCAUUCCCGAUAUUGGGCGUGUUAUCUCACUCAUUGGCGGCCUUGCAGCCUGCUUCAUCUUUGUCUUCCCAGGUUUGUGUUUGAUUGAGGCCAAGCUCUCAGAGCACGAUGCCAGAUCAGUCAGCUGGCACGCUCUGGUGCUUUAUGGAAUCUUCAUGGUCACAGUCGGCAUGUUCAUCUUCGGCCAGACGACCACCAACGCCAUCUACAGAGACAUCAACAACCAGUGACACAGCGAGGACAACUGUGAUUGACUUACAGGUUAUGAAGGAGUUGCUGCCCAGCUGCAAAACUUCCACAGGCACCUUGGCGUGAAACCUGUAAAACGCCGCACAAAAGCAUGAACAGCUCGAUCUCUUAAUGAGCUUAUCAGGUUAUUCAGCUUGAAGCAUGAAGCCUCCUCCUAUAGCUGUAGGAAAUUGGAGUAACAUCCACUAACACUACACAAGUAUUACUGGUUUAUUAGUUCAAGUUUAAGGCCCCGUCACACUUGCGCUACGUUCACACUGCAAGGCUUAAUGCUCAAUUCCGAUUUUUUUGUGAAAUCCGAUUUUUUUGUGAGGUCGUUCACAUUAACAAAUAUAUGCGACUUGUAUGUGAUCCUCAGUAUGAACGAAAAGCGACCUAAAAGUGUUCCGCAUGCGCAUUGCAGGAUACGAUGACGUCACACGCAGUGAGCAUGGCCAGUGUUUACGGAAGUAAAACCGCCCGGUUGCGGUAUGACCCAUCCAAUCUAGCUUGAAUAGCUGCAUCCCCCCAAAUGGAAAUCAGCUCCCUAACCUCUGCGUCCUUCCAUUGAGAAGAUUCAGAACCUUCACAGCCCGAAGCGUCCCUCGCAUUGAUGUCAUGCGCAGGGGCGCAGAUACGUUUUUUGAACUGGGGGGGGACAAAAAACUGGGGGGGACAAAGCUGCCAGCAAACCAACCCCAACCCCGAUAUGCCUGUCAAACUUGUUGUGGGUUACCAUAGCAACCAAGCUCGAGCUCACAACCUGUGCAGUCUGCGCAGCUCAACCAACCGAAUAUCAGUCUUUGUUUUGUUUUAUGUGAGUUGUUGCAACUAUGUAUACACUGCUGUGCACCUCAAUAAACCGAAUGGUAAUUAGUCUUUUGAUUUUUCCGUGAGGUUUGCCUUAUGCAAAGAAAGACAGCAUAGACGUUUUUUCCUCCCUAUAAGUGGGGGGGGACCGAACGAGGUGAAUUUAAAUCUGGGUGGGACGAAUCCCACCCGUCCCACCCUCUAUCUGCGCCCGUGAUUAUGCGCCAUGUUGUUGUAACUUUUUUUUGAGAGACCCGCCGCCUACUUCAGCGCAGAAUAGUGACGUUUGUGGCUUGUUGAUGGCGUGUAAGUCGGAUGAAUGCGACCUGGCGGUUCAGACUGAAGUCGCAUAUGAAAAGAGCGGAUAGGAAUCGGAAUUAGGACCACAUAUCCAAACGGCCUGGGUCGGAUUUGAAAAAAUCGGAUCUGUGUCGUUCAUAUUGUCAAUAAAAGAUCGGAUACAGGUCACAUAUGGGCGAAAAAAUCGGAUUUGAGUCACUUCAGCCUGCAGUGUGAAUGUAGCCUUAUUCGGAAUUAGCAGGAAUCAAGCAGAAUCAGCCGGAAUGAAAAAUUUUUCAAAAUUCGUGCCACAUUCGGGCGGGAAUUUCAAACUGACCAACAUUCUUACAGCUUUGUAAGAAUGCCGUUCGAAUACUUAGAAUGCGCUUCGAACCCGCCUUGAAUGAUUCUUGCACAUUGCAGGUGUAUUAGCUUUCAAAUGUAGUUGGAACACAGUAGGAACACCUAGAAUGCUGUUAGAAUUCAGUAAGAAUGUUAAGAAUGCACUUCGAAUGCUGUACGAGUGCGGUUCAAUUGCUGCCUGAAUACCACCCGAAGUCUGGUCGGAAGGUGCCUCGAAUGCUGGACAAAUUCACCUCAAAUGCAGUCAGAACGCUCCCGGAAUAGCCUCCGGAUAUGUUUUGAACAUCUAAGAAUUCAAAGAGAAUGCAGCUCGAAUACUUAGAAUGUACUUCGAAUAUCCCGGAAUAUACGAAGAAUUUUCAUUCCGACGGCAUUCCGGCUCAUUCGAGGCACAUUCAGGGCAUUCUGUCAGGAUUUGAAGUGGCUUGCCAUUUCGAUUUUUCCCUCGAAUGUGAUCAGAAUGUUUCGAAUGCUGUUGGAAUGGCGUAAGAAUGUUUAGAAUGCAGUUAGAAUACACUUCGAAUGCUGUUCAAUAUUUCUCUUCUUCGAAUGCACCUCGAAUGUUUUGAGCAUGAGCAAAACAUUCGGGCCGACCACAAGAAUGGGCCUGGAUGUUUGGAAUGCAGUCAGAAUUUUUAGAAUGCACUUCGAAUAUCCCGGAAUAUACGAAGAAUUUUCAUUCUGACGGCAUUCCGGCUCAUUCUGCUUCUAGUGUGACUACCCUAUAAUGUGGAUAUCCAAUCAAAAAUUUUUUUUCUUUAUUAACUUUUUAACUCCACCUUCUUCUGUAAUUUGUCAUUGCUAACAAUGAAAUUUAGCCAAACUGACAAACAUGCUUCGCAUCUGAAAAUGACUACAAGGCUAAUGUAGCUAACAAGUCUUUAAAACGUCCAGCCACCACUUCAGCAUUGAACACACUGCAUACCUCAAUCACACACUCCCUCAGACCAGCACUGUCCAUAGAACCGGACCGAAGGAGCAUCCGUCAUCGAGUUCAAUCACUGUGUGAUGAUUCUGACGUGUAGAGACUCUUGUUAGCAUUAGCAUUGUUAUCAUGAGCCUCAUAGCUCUGAUGCAAAAAAGGAAAAAUCUGACUUUAGACACUAAGCAUGUUUUGUAUGAUCAACUGAUUUUAGCAAACAUCUGCUCGAUUGUGUAUGUUUGUUUUUGGGGGCUGAAUUGUUACUUUAAUAUAUUUAUACUUUUAUCAGUUGAGCCAUUUUACUUGGGAUUAUUGUAGAAAUGAUUUACUCUGGUUCAAGUUCAAGAAUAUUACAUUUUUCGAGCACUUUAUUCCUCCUAAUAAUGUUCCUAUGAUUUACGUGACCAAAAUGUGACUGCACUGCAUUUUAGGAGAAAUGUAACAAAGUGAUGGUUUGGGUGGAAAAAAAAAUGUACUGAAGUUUAGAGAAGCUGUGCAAUUAUUUAUAUAUACUAUAUAUAAUUUUUUUUUCCAUUACAGGUGUUAAAAUAUGUGUUUAUUCCAAAACGGUAGUUGUAAUUAAAUCUUUUUGUUUUCCCUUUACAAGAAGUUAUGAUUCCGAAAAGUAAUGCACAGCUUCUCUGAACUCAAUUUAUUUUAAUGAAUGAAUCUUUUGCUCUUUUUUUUUUUUUUUUUAAUUAAACAAAAAAAAUACAGUGCUGGAUAAAUUGAUUAAUUCUGGUGCACGCUGGCACGACCAAUGCUGGACUUCACUUGGUCCUUCACAGUGUUGGGAUUUAGUACUGUUUUAGCAUGUCGGAGGUUUACACUCUUGUUUUGUACAUGUGUGGAGAGGUUGUAUGGUAUAAUCACACUAAUCAACACUACCAGUGCAGCAGACAAAGGAUCAGUCGGACUCAAUGUUCUCAUUCAAGUCAAGUUUAUUUGUACAGCGCGUUUAACAAUAAACAUUGUCACAAAGCAGCUUUACAGAAUUUGAACGACUUAAAACAUGAGCUAAUUUUAUCUCUAAUCUAUCCCCAAUGAGCAAGCCUGUGGCGACGGUGGCAAGGAAAAACUCCCUCAGACGACAUGAGGAAGAAACCUCGAGAGGAACCAGACUCAAAAGGGAACCCAUCCUCAUUUGGGCAACAACAGACAGCCUGACUAUAAUAUUAACAGUUUUAACAUGAAGACAGUUUCGUUGAUGUUAUAAACUCUUCAUUGAUGGAAACUUGAGUGCAAAACUGUUCAGGACAACUGCAGUCCUAAAGUUAGCAAGUCAACUGCAGUCCUCAGCCAUAAAAGCAUUACUGUAAUUGUUCUCAACAUUUCACAGUUUCUACAAAAGUUAGUAUCUGAUUAGCCAAACCUUGCUACAGGACUAUAUGAUGUAAUGAAGUAAUGAUUUUGAUUUGAUUUGAUUUGUGGGCCCAACACACAUUUGUUUGAAUUCAA